CACCCAGUCCAGCUGGAGCAGAGGGCAUCGCGGUGGCCUCUUUCCAGCAAGAAUGGCACCGCCUGGGCUGGAGGCUGCGUGCCCCUUUCAAGGAGGCCACCAGAUUCAGCCAAGCGAGGCCACCUGGGAUUCCUACGCGACCACAAUGAGGACUGCAUUCACGCCCAAGACGGCAGCGGUGCCUGCUUUAAUUCGAUGCUAAUGUUAACCAGUCUUGUUCACAAGUAGCCGUGAAUGAAAGGAGUUGGGUGUGGCACUGCCAUUCAAGGCUUUGAACUCUCUCUGAGUUAAGUGCCAGAAAUGACAAGUCGAAAGGGUAUCAGAAGACUAGGAUAUACCUAUUCUCUUAGUGACCCUGUUCCCAAUCAGACACAGUACAACGAUGAGUAUGUUUGGAAAUCAUGUUCUAAAGAAGACUGGAUCAAAACCAGGACUUCAAGAGGAGUCAGGAGCCAAAUAUCUCGCCCCAGUCAAGAUUUCUUUCUCUGGACGUUGCCUCGGGGCCAAUCAACAGCAUCAAUAAAGAGCCACCUCCCUUGGAAAAUCGCUGCUACAAAGGAAGAGGUUAGGAAGGCGAUAGCAAAUCAGUUUAUUUCUACUUCUAGAAGAGACUUUGUGGACACAGCAAAAGCUCAGGAGAUUCAGGAAAGUUCUCAGAUGUCGCUGGGACAGAAAAAGUUACUUCCUCGACCUGCGGACACUGAGUUUCGACGGAAUUACCAAGUUCCAGCUAAAAUUCCUGAGCUUCAGGACUUCAGCUUCAGAUAUGGAUGCUACUCAAGCCUCCCAGUUGCUUCUCAGGGUCUAGUCCCUUCCGUGCUGUACGGCCACAUGAGGAAUCAAGAACGCACAAAGAAGCAGACUACGUACCAAAGCGAUUAUGGGAAAACCUACCUGGAUUUCUUAGUGAUUUUAAACUCAUUUACUCCCUCUCAAAUCACAGAGUACCUUCAGCGUCUUUCCUACAAAGACAGACAAAUUCUUGAUCGCUUUAUUCGCUCUCACUAUGGCGUUGACAUGGGACAGGAAAAUAACGGAAACGGUUCAAAUGAAGAAAAUUGAAAAUCAAUGAAAGCACCGGGUCAGAGGACCUACUGAGUCAUUUUUUCAAUAAUGAAAAAAUAAUAAGAUCCAAAUUGUUCUAAAUAAUUUAUUCGUGACGCUGUGUAAUUUUGUUUUAUUUUGUUUUUAAACAAUAAAAUCAUUUAAGGUCAUAAAUCCUUCCCACCACCACAGCUUUAAGUGUAUCUAAUAGAUUUUGCUGUAAUGUUUUGUUCUAUUAUCUUCUGGAUACUUAAUUUGUGGUUUCAGUUUUGAUAUCCUCUUAGACCCAGAAAUUAUGCCAAAGAGGUUUCUUAAUUUUCCAAUAAUUAGAGGAUUUAAAAAAAAAAAACGUGUAAUUGUUGAUUGCCUGUUUGAAAGUUAAAAAUAUAUAUAUUUGCUUUGGAAAAUACACCAAAGUUUUCUUUCGUUGUGCAUAUAAUUAAUUUGUAAAUUACAUGAAUAUAAGACGAGAAAAAAAUGUGUAGGCUAUUGUGUUUCUCACAUCGUGUCUAUCUUUGCUUUAAUUGUAUACUUGAACUGUCAAAUUCUGAAAGAAUAAUAUUAAAAACAGCCCACAGUAAAAAUGUUUUCAUUAAUGUC